AUGAUUUUUUAUGGCUGGGAUGGCUGGGCCGUUCGUACAGAAGAGAAGACUCACAAGUUUAUGGUGCAGACCAUAAAGGACAUCAAUGCCCAAGUUCUGGAAGAUCCGUCUCUAACACAGAACGUUGGUGGUCAGUCUACCCAGGCUGGAGAAGUGUUUGUUAAAUUUUCUAUCCUUCUGUUCCUUCUACCUUUUCCUGCUGGAUUGAUUUCUGAAAUUGUCAUUUCUUGUGCAGUUACUUCUGUAAGAACUGCUAGGGACCUAGAGCUUCCUUCUAGAGAGGAAGAAGAAGAAGAAGAAGAUCAAGCAGAACAGACUCUCGUUGAGGCCACUCCUUCUGCCAGAAGGAAAAGAAAGGAAACUGCUCAACCCACAACUUCAGCUAAAGGUCCUUCUCCUCCUCCCACUAAGUCAAAAAGGCUUAAAAAGAGGACGGUGGUGGAAUAUGUGGCCACAGAAGGAACUGCAACAGCUCCCACCGCCACUUCAAACACGGAUGAAGAGCUGAGAGAGGCUUUUGAGGCUGUAGAGCAAGAGAAGGAGCUGGAAGAGCUGGAAGAAGAGGAAAUUCCUGCUGAGGUGAUAGCAGAGAGUAUUGCGCUGGCUCAAAAACAACAGGAAGACACAAGGGCAGGGCUGACUAGCUCAGAGCUGACCCUGUUUGAGCAUCCAGAGGGAGAACACUCUACUGCUGUUCCAUUAGCUAAGGAGCAGGCAGGUCAGUCUGCAUCAGAACAUGUGGAACAGGCUGUGGUGAUUCCAGAAGCUGGAGUAGAAGUGGAUGCCUCUGCUCCUGAAGUCAUGUCUUCUCAGGUAGAAGUGCUCAGAUUUUUUAGUGCCCUGUCAGUAGUGACUAGCCCCUUGAAGCCCCCAAUUGUUGCUAUGUUUAUUCAUUCCCUCCCAGGUUCAUCUGCCACGGCCUCCUUUGCUGAUCCAGAAUUGGCAGAAUUUGAAGCCAUGGACUUAGAUACACAACUAGACAGAUUGGAGAUGCUUAGCUCUCCUGUAGGCAAGGCAAGAUCUAAGGCAGUGGAGGAGGCUAUAGAGAGGCUGAAGAUCUGGCAGUCUACUGAACUAGAGCUAGAUGAGGAUAGGGAAGCCAUUGACCAACUGAUGAAGGAUCUGGACCUGCUACACAGACAGAACAUGGCCCCUAAACCUAUACUUGAGAUGAGCCUUGGUCUGGCAAGGGAUGUGCUCAACCUUCACGACCACUAUGAGGAUCUCAAGCCACUCAUGAAGCCAAUUUGGCUGAUUUUGUAA